AUGAAAUCAUUUCAGAAAUCCUAUGAAUUCGAUUACCCAUGGGAAAAAGUGACCACGGCAAACUGGAUGAAAUAUCCAAACAAGAUCUCCACCCACGUCAUCGCAGUUGACGUGCUUCGCAGAGAACUUCAAGAACAGGGCAAUGUACUCCUAACGGAACGACUUAUAACCAUCAGUCAAAACGCCCCCCGCUGGAUGUCCAUUCUGGUGGGGAACACCAACCUAGCAUACGUAAGAGAAGUGUCCACCAUUGACCGACGAAACAGGUCAAUGACUAUGAGAAGUUGCAAUAUGACGUUUCCGCAUAUAUUGAAGUGUUACGAAACAGUAACUUAUGCGCCACAUCCAAAAAAUCCAUCAAACAUGACUAUCUUCAAACAGGAUGCAAAAUUCAUAUCCGGCAUCCCGACCCAGAUUUUUAGCAGGAAGGUGGAAAAUUGGGGGGUCAAAAGAUUCAGUGAUAAUGCAAUGAAGGGUAAGGUCGGGUUCGAUAGCAUUUUGGAAAUGUUUAAUGAUAUCUGGAGCAACGGUAACGAAUAG